CGCUGUCAAUCUUUUUCCCCCUGCCAGUUUUAUUUGCGAUCGCCAUAUUGGGUGCUCGAACGACUUGUCUGUUUUCCUCGGAAUUACUACGACGGGGAUCGCCGUUUUCAUGACUCGUUCGCCGCUCGCGCGCGUUCGCCUUUCCGCGUUUGUUAUGCGUGCGCCCUGCGCCUCGCUCCGCGUUCUCGGGAGGGAUUGCUCUUAGUUACGCCGCGUCUGCGAUUCUCGGACAAACUUUUCACGUGCGAAAUGUCAAAAGUGCGCGUCUCCAAUGGAAGUCCGACGCUGGAGCGAGUGGACCCCAGGCAGGCGGAUCACGGCAAGCCGCCUGUCUGCCGAAGUCUCUUCGGCGCCGUGGACCGCCAAGAGUUCGCCAAGGAUGUACGGGAGCAAAUGCGGGAGAUCGAGAGAGCGUCCGCGGAAAAGUGGAAUUACGACUUCGCCGAAAACCGACCGCUCGCGCCGGGCGACUACGAGUGGCAGGAGGUGGACGCCGACGAAGUGCCGGACUUUUACACCAGACCCCCUCGCGUAAAACGGCCCUCUUCGGCCGGGACUGUGGAUCAUAACGGGAACCACGAUUAUUUCUUGACGGCUCCCUCUCCGUCCCCGGAGAGCGGAGCGGGGAACUCCGAACGCGCGGACGCCGGGAACCGCUCGCUCAGCACGCCGAGGAAACGACCGUCGACGGAAGAUCAGGAUGAUCUUCGCCGAAGCAAAAGACCCAGCGUCCACGCGAGCGAGGCCGACCCCUGUCCGGACGCGACGAGCUCGCUCGAGCGCGCUCCCUGCGAACCGGACCCCAAAACGUAAAGGAGAUACGCCGAGAAGCCCGCCCUCACCAUCGACUACUUCGCCAGCCUUGCCAAGUAAACGGGGACAGACGGCGCUUCCAAAAUACAAAUCGAGCCUCGGAGGGGCUGAAUAAGCACUGAAUUUUUACACUAAACUUUUGGCACUCGACAGAUUUUAUAUUUGCCUCAAAAGCAGACGAUGUAGCAGUAUGCGAUUGGAGUUGCUUCGUUUCUUCUUUUACUACCUAUGUAUAUAUAUAUAUAUAUUUUUUUUCUUUUUAUAAUGUAGCACGUUUUCGUUUCAUGUUCAUGUCAAAGCAAAACGCGAUCCUUCACUAAUCCACCGCGCUUCACUUUAAGAAUUGCUGCGCGGUUUUUCAAACGCAUCUCCCGAACGAACCGUUUUAAAGUAGCCCACAUAUCCCUAUGGAUGGAUGGAUAGAUAGACCGUCUGUCAGACACACACACACACACACACACACACACACACACGCACACACACAUUAGGAGCAUCUUUCCACUGCUCUCGAUUUUGCCUGCCUCACAAAAUACACCUUAAGUGCUCAACGCUCGCCCUUGUUAAAGUUGCACAAAUGUCAUCGUCUAAACCGUUACUUUUCUUCUCACCUCAUGUGACCUAACUACAUUAAACCGCUUCGAUAAUUACAUUAACGCGACUCAUGUUUAUUGGUACUUAAGCUCAUUUUCUUUGGUUUUUCACACUCAAACACACCUUGGUCAUGAGAACUGUGGCUCUUAGUGUGCUGUUAAACGUUUCGCGCUUUUUUACAGUAUUAUUAUAUUAUCCUUGGGUUCUUCCACUAAUUUUACUUUAUUUAUUUCGCUUCAUUAGCAUCCUCGUAUCAAUUUCUCAUUAACUACAAAUCCUACUGAGUACACGAUACAACAGAGCAACUGUAUUGAUCCCUUGAUUAUUUUUUGCCUUUUUUACGUUCGUUGGCGUGUAGCUUUACGUUUCUAUAUAUAUAUAUAUAUAUAUAUAUAUAUAUAUAUAUAUAUAUAUAUAUAUAUAUAUAUAUAUAUAUAUAUAUAUAUAUAUAUAUAUAUAUAUAGUUAGUACUUUCUCUUAACACUGGGCCAUACGUUUAACAACAACAUUAGUCCGUGAAGCCGCUUCUUUGCAACGAUAUAUCUGGCUUUCGUGUUGAACAUGACAUGGCACUAUGAUUGCAAAUCUCUAUGAAAACUCAAUUAAGACGUUACACUGCGCCUGUGUAAAACAUUCAAGUGUACAUGUGCUCGUAAACAAAACUAAAAGGAUAAAAAAAACACUGAGGAAAUUAUACUAACUUAUUUAUGUCAAGCUUUUUCUUGUUUAUGACUAUCCAAAGUGGCAUUUGUGCAUUUUCUCUUAUUACUUCUUUUUGUAAUUUUCCUUUUCUCCUUUUUUAUCCAUUUGUGCAAGGUUGCAUACUGAGCCUUUUAAGAAAUGAUGUGGACUGUGUAUUGCUUUAUAAAUGAAACGAUUAAACCAUCAUGACAUUGACCCUU